AUGAGUGAUGAUGAUUUUUUUCAUAUCAAAAGUGACUGUUCUUUACAAUAUAUUAAAUGCAAGACUAGUACAAAAAUUGACGAUAUACUGAAAAGAAGAAGAAACCAAAAGAAAAAGCUUAAGGAUAGUAGUAAUUAUAAAAGUGAUGAAUUUUUAAGCUUAGACAAUAGUGAAAAUGAAAACGAAUAUAUUUCAAAUGAUGACAAGAAGGUAUAUAAUGAGGAUGAUAUAAUAUAUUACAACAAUAAUAAGAUUAAUAUAAGAGAAGGACAGACUUGUGAAAGCAUACAUAUGUUUAAUGGAAUCAAUAAAAAUAACGUAGACAUUAUAAGGAAUGAUAAGAUAAAUGAUGAUAAUAUAAAUGGUGAUAAUAUAAAUGGUGAUAAUAUAAAUGAUGAUAAUAUAAAUGAUGAUAAUAUAAAUAAUGAUAAUAUAAAUAAUAAUAAUAUAAAUAAUGAUAAUAUAAACAAUGACAGUAUAUAUAAUAAUAAUUAUUAUAAACAAACAUAUCAUUGUAAUAAAUCAGGAAACGUAAGUAAUUUUUCUAGAGGAUAUUUUUCCAACACUUAUGAAAAAGGUAAUACAUAUUUAUUAAAAAAUUCUUCUGAAGAAAUGUUAUAUAAUAAAGAUCAUAUAAGAAAUAGAUCCUUAAAUAAUUUAUGCUUCCAAUCAAAUUUAUUAAAUAGAAGAAGUAAUAUAUAUACCUUUAAUGAUUUAUCUUCUUUUGAAAAUAAUAAGAAAUCUUCUUUAUAUGCAAAAUGUUCUGAUAUUUUACAAAAAUAUGAUUCAAAUAAAUUGAAUAUAAAACCAAAUGAAGAUAUAUAUACAAGACAUAAUAGAAGUAGUAUAAUUUUUCAGAAUAAUAGUAAAGAAUUUAUCCUUAGUAAACUAUUAAGUAAUAAUGAUAGUAAAGAUGAAUUAUUUAAUAAUUUAAAUAAAAUGUAUUCUAAUGAUAUUGAUUUAAAUAAAACUCCAUCUAAAAGUUUAUCUAAAGGGUAUAUCGAAUAUUUGAAAUAUGAAACAGCUGGCAAAAUGAAUUUAAGUGAAUUAGAAACUCCUUUAAAUAUGAAAGAAGACGAGGGCAAUAAUACUCCGUUUAUAACAUACUUUUUAGCUGGAAAAACAGAAAGUAAAACUAUCAACGAAGAAAAUAAUGAUGAUAUUAUUAAUAAUAAUAAUAAUGAUGAUGAUAAUAAUAGUAAUAUUUAUAAAUGUCGUAGUAAUAAUUUAAUUGAUACUUUAUUAAAUAGACACAUACAAUCAAAUUGUAGUAUAAAAAAUAAUGAAGAAAAUACAAAUACUGCUCCUACCCAUUCAAAUACAGAACAUAAUAAAGGUGAACAUAUUUAUAAUUCAAAGGUAUCAAAUAACAUUUUUGAAGAUUUAAAAAAUAUAUGUGAUGAAAAAAAGAAAAAGUUAAAUGAUAUAACUUCUAGUCAUAUAAAUAAUGAAAAGUGUACAUUACACACUUCGCUCAUAAGAAAUAAAAAUAAUGAUAAUAAUCAGGAUAAUAUUAUGGAAUAUAAUAAUUCAAGUACACUAUUUGAUAAAAUUAAAAGUUCACAAAAAAUCAGUUUUAUUAAAACAGAGGAAGAAUAUAUUAAUAUGCUAAAAAAGGAUGAAAAGGAUAAUAUUCCAAUAAAUAUUUUAAAUAAAAAUAGUAAUAAUAAAAUAUUCUCUUCAAAUAAUAAUGUCAGCUUUGCAGAUAAUAUUUUUUCAAAUAAUAAAUCAUAUAUGGAUAAUACAAAGAUCUAUUCAGAAGAUUAUAUUAAUCUAGAAAAACAAAAGAGUGAGAUAUUUUUACACGAAAAAGAAAAUAUAAUAAACCAUGUAAAGAACAAAGAAAACAUACCAAAUAAAAUUAAUGAUGACAUAAUAAAAAAUGAUUAUCAAAAUGAUAUUCCAAAUAAUUAUGAACAUUUGAUAUCAUCAAUUAGUAAGAAAGAAAAUGAGAACAAACAAAAUAAUUAUUUGAAUAAUAAUAAUAUAGAAAAUAAUAUAUUGGAUUGUAAAAAUUUUACUGAGCUAAAAAAAAAUAAACAUACAUCUUAUGAUAAUAAUACAUGUGACAAUAUUGUGAAAAAACAAAAUAAUAAUGAUAUAAUUUUUCAUAAUAAUUAUAAUAGGGUAAUUAAUGAAGAGAAUAUUCCACAAAUAUAUUUCAAUAAUCAACCAUACAUUAGUAUAAAUAUGAAGAGAAGUAUGUCAUUAUGUAAUUUGAAAGAUACAAAAGAUGAUGAUAUAAAAUAUGAUCGUUUUAUACAGAAUGUGAAUAAUCAUAAUAUGUAUAAUAUGCAUAGUAAUACUAACCAAAAUAUAAAAGGAAAUUCCAAUAUAUUUUUUGACAAUACCAAGGGAAUGUUAUUAGAAAAUAUUAAGCAAAAUGAGUCUUAUACUGAAACACCCACAACUAGACAACACCUUAAUAUUAAUAGUAAUAAUAUGAAUAAUAUGAAUAAUAUGAAUAAUAUGAAUAAUAUAUAUAAUAAUAAUAACAUAUAUGAACAUAAAAAAUGUACUAGUAAUGUUCAGAACAGUGUGGCUUAUAAUAAUCAGCAUAAUUUGAAUUAUGUCCAUUUGGGUCAGAUUAAUUAUAAUCCAACAAGUAAAAAUAAUAUAAAAUCUGAUAAUAAUGAGAGUAAUAAAAUAAAUAUAGAUAUAAAUAAUAAUGUAGAUAAUAAGAAUAGUUGUGAUGAUAUUAAUUAUGUGAAUGGAUUGAAGAAAUACAAUAUUUCUGAUAACAACCAAAUGAAUAACAUACAAAUGUUAGAUUUUCCAAGUUAUAAUAUAAACGUAAAAAAUAAUAAUAAUACAUAUGACAAUAAUUCAUAUGAUAAUAAUGAUAGUGGUGUAAUAUUAAGUCAUAAUAAUUUAUCAAAUAAUAAUAAUAGUAAUAAACAAGAGAAUUGUGAAAAUUAUAAAAAAAUGAAUCAAAAUAAAAAAAAAAAUAUAUAUAUAAAUAUGUAUGAUAUAAAAAAGGAAAAUUUAAAUGAAGGAAAAAAUGUAGCAGAAAAAUUAAUUUUAUCAACAUUAAAUAAAAAUAUUAAUCAUAAGUUAAGUGAAACUGCAGAUUUUGGAUACAAAGAAAAUGAUCUUAUGAAUGAAUCAAAAAAUAGUGAUAAUACAAUCAAAAUUGUAAAUAAUAAUUUGUAUAAUGAUAAUGAUUCUUCAUUAAUUAAUGACAUUAAUUUGAAGCAAUAUUGGACGGACUAUAUUAUGAAUAAUAUGAAUAAUGUGAAUAAUGUGAAUAAUAUUAAAAAUAAUGAUAAUACACAAAGUAAUAAUAAACUUAAGGAUGUCAUCUCGUUUAAUACAUUUUGUAAAGAUAUGAAGGAUGAAAAUAUUUUCAAUCAAUUUCUAAGAGAACACAUAAAAAAUAGUAUCAAUAAUGUUGUUGAAGAAAUAUUGAAUGAUAAACAGAAUGAAAUUUUAAAAAAUAAAAUUAUAGUAAGCGAUAUAAAUAAUAAAGAAAUAUAUAACAAAGUUAAUGAUAAUAAUAAUAAUAACUUAUCUGUUAAGCAUCAUGAGAAAGGUGUACCUAUUAAUAAUAAUUAUAAUAUGAAUAAUGAUCAUAUACUUAAAGAAGACAAAAUAGUUAGCUCAGAAAAUAGUACUAAAUUAGAAGAUAAUGUAAUAAUACAUAAAAAUGUUACAAGCUCUACAUAUAAUAAUGGAACGAAUAAUACAAAUAUAGGUCAAAUGAAAGAAGGAAAUAUAACAAAUAAUAAUAUUAUUAUUGGUAAUAUUGAAAAUAUUUGUAGUGAUGAAAAUAUUUGUAGUGAUGAAAAUAUUUAUAAUGAUGAAAAUAUUUGUAGUGAUGAAAAUAUUUAUUGUAAUAAUAAAAAGAAAAAACAUAAAGAUAAAAAUUCAUUCAAACAUUCAUGUUGUGAUAUACAGUUUAAUCAAGAUGACCUUGAGGAAAUACAAAAAUUAAACAAUCUUCUAAAGUCUAGAAAAGUAAAUAAACUUAUACAAAUCAAAAAAGAUGAUAUAAAUAUAAAAAAAGUAUCAUGGAAAAAUAUUUCAUAUAAUUGUAUAGAUAUCAUAUAUUGUUUACUUCAUGAAAAUAAUAAAAAAAACAAUAAAAUGAAUACUCUUAUAAAUGAUAUAAAUAAUAUUAAUGAAUAUGAAAAAAAAAUAGAAUAUUUAAAUAAAGAAAAUGAAAAAUUAAAAAUAGAAAUGAAACAAAAAAAUGAUAAUGAAAAAAAAAAAGAACUCAAAGAAAAAGCUAGUUUAAAUAAUAAAAUAUUAGAACAAUCCAAAAAAAUUACUAACUUUGAAAAGGAUAUAUACAUAUACAAAAAUAAAUUAAAUAAAUUAAAUAAUAAAGUUAUAAAUAAAGAUAUCGAAAUUAAUAAAUUAAAAAAACAAUAUCAAGUUAUUUUAGAAGAAAUAGAAAAUUGUAAAAAUGAUGCAAAUAUAGUUUUAAAAAAAGUAUUAAAUAAAAAGAAUACAAAUUUAAUAGAUAAACAAUGUGUAGAUAUAUCAAAAUAUUACCAAAUAUUAAUCAAUUCGUUAAAUGAUGAAAUUAAAAAUUUAAAACAUCUUAUUAAAAGUGAAGCUAAAGAUAAAAUAAUCUUAAAAAAAAAAAUUAAUCAAUUAACACAAUCCAAUCAAAAUGAAUCUAAUAAAAAUGGUUAUAUUGAAAAAAAUAAGACAGAUAGAAAAUGUACUAAUGAUAGUUAUAUCAGUCAAUAUACCAAUGAGGAUGAACAUAUAAAUAAUAUAGAUAAUGAUAGUUAUACAAAUAAUAGUAAUAUUCAAAAAAGUAUAGAAUAUAGCAAUUCAUCAUAUAAUAGUAAUAUUAUCAAAAAGGAUAUAAAUAAAAGUAGUAAUAAUAGUAAUUGUCAUGGUAAUAGUAAUAUUAGUAGUACUACUAGUAGUAGAGAUAUGUGUAAUGAUUCUUUAAAUGAACAAAAUAAAUAUAAAAUAUUGUAUGAAGAUCUAAUUAAACAAAUGAAUGAAAUAAAAAAAGAUCAUGAAAAUGAAAAAAUUAUAUAUAAUAAAAAAAUAGAACAAUUAGCAAAACAUCAAGAAAUGCAAAAUAUUAAAAAUCAAUUAGAUACAUCAGAAAAAAUUGUAGAAGUGUAUCAACAUAUAUUUAAAGAAAAUAUAAAUAAUAUAAGAAAUGAUAAUAUAUAUAGUAUACAAAAUAAUCAACAAAAAAGUAUGGAAUAUUACAAUCUUAAAAAUGAUAUUUAUAAUAAACAUUCUUCUUUAACUUAUCUAAAUGAUAAUAAAAAUGAAAAUAAUGAAGAAAAAAACAAAAAUAAUUUUGAUCAUAUCUUUAAUUCGAAUGUAAGUCAAUCAAAUAUAUUUAAUAAUAACAGUAGUAAUAAUAAUAUAUAUAAUCAAGAUAAUCAUAUGGCAAGUCAUAUCUUAUCAAAUGGGGAUAUUCUAAAACAAGAUAAAAAUUAUAUUUCCAAAGAUAAUAAAUUAAUUAAUGUUUUAUCUCAUAAUAUAAAUAACAACAAUAUUAUGGCAUGUAUAAACAGCAUAUCAUCACAAAAUAAUUAUCUUAACAAGUUUCUUGAAAUGUACAUGGAGAAAAAUUCAAUAAAUAAUGAGGAAUUCAAUAUUUAUAUGAAUAAUUUAAACAAACAAAAGGAAUGUGAAGAAAUAAAAGAAAUAAAUCAAAAAGUAGAGCAGUCAAACAUCUUAUUUGAAGACAAUAAUUUAAAUAAUAAAUUACAAAAAGAAAAUGAACAUAAGAAUAAACUUUUAUUAAACAUUCUAAUGAAAUAUAAUAAAACUGAUCUAAUUAAUAUAUUUAUAGAUAUAUGUAACCAUCUAAAAACAGAUAACAUAUCAAUUGUAAUUCAUUUUAUUAAAUUCUUGUCUUUUAUUGUUUAUGAACAGUUUCCUAUAUUUACAUCCUUUUAUUAUACCAUUACAUCAUUAAUAUCAUUGGGCAAUAUUAAAUUUGACGAAUAUAUUAAUAUUAUCAAAAAAUGGAAAUCAUUUUAUACAAGUGGACAACAAUAUUAUUUAUUCAGAAGGAAGGUACUUUUAAUUUUUCAGUCUGAUCUAAAGGAUAUAGAAAAAUCUCAACUAGACAAAAAAUGCAUAGAUCUUAUUCAAAAUAAUUAUGAUCGAAAUAAGGAACUCUCUACCUAUACAGACGGUUCUUUUGAAAAGGCAGAAUAUAUUCUAAACAAACAUUCCAAAGAAAUUAUCAGUAAAAUUAUUAAGACCUAUAUGAACUUAUAUAAUAUUGAUAAGAUCAGCAAUAUUAUAGCACAUAUGAACUCAUUAAAUUCAAAAAUAAAAACCCAAUCAUAUUUCAUUAGAUCUAUAUCGUCUUGUCUAAAUUUAAACAAAGUUGAUAAUUUUCAAGAGAUUGAAAAAAAGAUAAAGGAAUUGAUCACAACAAGAGAAAUUGGAGAAAAAAUAAAGAACAAAAUUAAAAUAGAAGAUAUUGAUGAAUAUUUAGCCGCCUUUACUAUUAUGGGAACCUUGAAAAAAUAUUUAAAUAUUACUCAUACGAAAGAUCUUUUACCUUCUAUAUCAAAAAUUAUUCAAAAGAAUAAAUGUUCUUCAUAG